UCUGGAAUUUGAUUACGUGACAUGACUCAAAAGUCAAAACCAUCAAACAACAAAUCAACGGCAAAGAUCGAUUGUUCUGCAAUUGGCAAGUACACAGACUCUCAAACAUUUUGCCUGAACUUUUUAGGUUUUUCUCAAUUAUUUCCUCUGAAAAAUCAAAUAUUGUGCUGUUUCUCUCUUGCUUGAUUCAAAGAGAGAGACAAUCAAUCAAUCAAUCAACCAAUCAAAGAAAUGGGGAGUGGAAGUGUGAAGAAUGCGGCAUCAAAAGAGGAGGUUGAGAAGGCGGUGAACGAGGGUGUUCCUGUCAUUUUACACUUCUGGGCAACUUGGUGUGACGCCUCCAAACACAUGGACCAAGUUUUCUCUCACCUGUCCACCGAUUUCCCUCAUGUCCAUUUCUUCAGGGUUGAAGCCGAGGAGCAACCUGAGAUUUCGGAGGCUUUCUCUGUUUCUGCUGUGCCUUACUUUGUCUUUUUUAAGGAUGGCAAGGCAGUUGAUACGUUGGAGGGAGCAGAUCCGUCGAGCUUGGCGAACAAAGUUGCUAAAGUUGCUGGAUCAGUCAACCCUAACGAACCCGCUGCACCUGCCAGUCUUGGACUGGCUGCCGGAUCUUCUGUUCUCGAAGCAGUGAAAGAGCUUGCUAAAGACAAUAGGACAAUUCCUGUCGGUAACCAGACUGGUCGCAGUGAUGAUCUCAACAAGAAACUACUAAAGUUGAUUAAUUCUCACCCAGUUAUGUUAUUCAUGAAAGGAACCCCAGAAGAGCCACAAUGUGGUUUCAGCCAGAAAGUUGUUGAUAUUUUGAAUAAAGAGAAAGUCCAAUAUGGAAGCUUUGAUAUCUUUACUGACCAAGAAAUCCGAGAAGGAUUGAAGAAAUUCUCCAAUUGGCCAACGUAUCCUCAACUGUACUGCAAGGGUGAGCUUCUUGGUGGGUGUGAUAUCGUCAUUUCUAUGCAUGAGGGUGGUGAGUUAAAAGACGUUUUCAGAGAUCAUGAGAUAGAUCCCACUGACAGGAAACCAGUAGAAUCUGGAAAUGGGAAGGGUGGUGUAACAGCAUCAACUGGUUUAAGUGCAUCUGUUACUUCCCGUCUUUUAAGCCUCAUCAACUCGAGUCCUGUCAUGCUUUUCAUGAAAGGAACGCCAGAAGAACCAAAAUGUGGUUUCAGCCGAAAAGUGCUUGAAAUUCUUAAGCAAGAAAAGGUGGAAUUCAAGAGUUUUGAUAUUCUAACCGACAGUGAAGUUCGACAAGGGCUCAAGGUUCAUUCAAACUGGUCAAGCUACCCGCAGCUAUAUAUUAAGGGUGAACUCAUUGGUGGGUCUGACGUUGUAUUGGAGAUGCAGAAAAGUGGUGAACUAAGGAGGGUUUUGGCUGAGAAAGGGGUUAUUAUUCCUCAAGAAUCACUCGAUGACCGUCUGAAGAAAUUGGUGAGCAGUUCGCCUGUUGUACUAUUCAUGAAGGGCAACCCUGAUUCUCCCAAGUGCGGUUUCAGCUCUAAGGUGGUGAACGCCUUGAAGGAGGAAGGUGUUGCAUUUGGAUCGUUUGAUAUUUUGAGUGAUGAAGCAGUUAGACAAGGGCUCAAGAAUUUCUCAAAUUGGCCUACUUAUCCUCAGCUCUACUACAAAGGGGAGCUAGUAGGAGGUUGUGACAUCAUUUUGGAGUUGAAGAACAAUGGAGAGCUCAAAUCAACUCUUUCGGAGUAGGUAUAAUGUGAACUACAUAGUGUCUGAAAAUAACACAGGUCAGCAACUUACUACAUAGGAGUUUUGCAUUAUGAUUAAUGGCCAAAUGUGAUUUUUCCAACACUAAACAUGUUUCAGCAAUUCGCGGUGUAGUUUGAUGUUUUGACAUUUGAGGUUGCUUUCUUUGUAGUUGUUUAGUUGUGAUGGUUUUGAAGAGUAUAAGUAAAUUGUAGCAAUUCCUUAAUGUGGUUAUGUUAUGGAAUUAGGCUAGGGAACUCAAGCUUUUAAUUUUGUCAUUUAAUAGCUUUCGUUGUUUUGAUAAAAGAAAAGGAAUAUUUGAUAAAAUAAUUCAAUCUU